AUGAAUGGUUUGAUGCAGCGUUCAAAGAUCCUCAAUGGCAUUGAGGGAAUGCGGCCGUCCUCUGCGGCUUCCACGGCACCAUCAGUUCGCACGCCUCGGGCCAAAGCAGCCGGAAAAUCCAAGGCAAAAGCCAAAGCAAAGGGGGCCAAAAAGGAACCCCGAGGAGUGUUUGACAAGAAGAUCGAGGAGUUAGCAGACCGUGCUCGACACGAUGCAAACCGAUCGCCUUGGCCGGUGCUCCACUUGUCGAGCUGGAUUAAAACCGGGAUGGAGGCUGACCAGUUUGCAGGGUUCUUCCUUCUCAAUGGCUUCAAGUUAGACAACUUGGUACAGGCUGAGGACAACCUAGAGCUUUUUUGGGACAGGCUUCAGAAAUAUCCCAGGGGACUUGGCAAAGGAUCAGAUUGUGCACUGGUGGCUGGCUGGUUGGAAACCAUUCUGACCCCACUAGACCCUGCAACUGUACCUGCAAAAUGUCGUGACAUGGUCGUCGUGGCAAAGUGGGGGAUCAGUGCAACGGGUCAGUUUUUUAGAACCCUGUACCAUGGAGAUUUAUGGCUUUCGCGUAGCGAAGCGCAGACUGCUGAAUCCUUUGGGGCCUUAGCAAGGCUUGCAAAAAUCCAAGAUUGGCGACUUUUCUACAUGCGCCCGAAACUACACAUGCAUAUGCAUGUGCAGCUGCUUGGCUUUGUGUGCGCUGUUUGUUUCUACCCUGUGCUCUUGAUUGCUUUUGGCAAUCUUUCAGGCUGGAAAUGGAAUACCAACUGGAAGACGGCGCUGAGUGGAUCUUGA